UGUGUGUGUGUGAGAGGGAAACGAGAGAAAUGCUGGGGCAUACUCUGCCAGUUCUCUGCCUGCGGACACUCUGUGAUGUCAGAGCAGUUCAACAGAACACUGCGUGUGUGUGCGCGUGUGUGUGUGUGUGUGUGUGUGUGUGAGAGAGAGAGAGAGAGAGUCAGAGAGUGGCCCUUGACAAUGAGACUGUGUUUUUAUUGUGUGUGGGUAUGUACGAGGCAGUGGAUGUAAAGAUGAUACAGAGCAAAACAUGAAGGUAUUUGCCUGUAUGCACAUUUAUAGAGAACGAAAGAGAGAUAGAAAGAGGCACAGAAGAAGAAAAUGACCGUCCAGUAACGCAAGUUCUUAUUACUGGGAUUGUGAGCUUUAAUCUGAUCAGACAUGCUGGACUAACCCUGGACACGCUGACAGGAGGAACACUCUAGAAACAUGGCAGGUGUGGUCUUUGCAUUAUCCAGCCUGUUAUUAUUUCAGACAGUCUCCUCUUGCCCCAAGGAGUGCUCUUGUGAUACUCAUGCCAAAGUGGUGGACUGCCGGGGACGAGGAUUAUAUGAUAUACCACGUAAACUUCAUCAAGACACCCUGGAGCUCUAUCUUCAAAACAACCGUCUACGAGGCUUGAGCUCAAUGUCCUUUCGAGAGACACCACAACUUCAAAUUCUGGACCUAGCAAACAACUCAAUCACAACACUUUCCCCCAGUGCCCUUCUGGGACUUAGAAGCUUAAAGGUCCUCAGUCUGGCCAAUAACUCUAUUCGGGACGUUGAUAGACGGCUUCUGGUUUCAAUAAGAAAUCUAACCAUAUUGGACUUGUCCUUUAACACCAUAGGGGGUCUGCCUGCAGCUCUUGCUGAUAGUUUUCACUUUCUCACCCAUCUCUCACUCCAUUACAAUCGGUUAACUAAGCUGGACCGUAUACAUCUGGAGGCUCUUGGAAAUCUUAAACUUUUGCAGCUGAAGGGCAAUCCUUGGAGAUGUGACUGUCAUCUGAUAGGACUCAAACUAUGGUUGGAGACAUUUGCCUUCAAAGGUGGAGUGGUUGACAGUGUCACAUGCGCCCAGCCUCAUGUCAUGCUGGAGCGGGCUCGGCACAUUCCCUACGAGCUUUUUCACUCCUGCAUGAUCACCAGCUACAGCUACCUGUUCGCCAACAUCCACUACCUGGACAACAAGCAUCGUACGCUCAGUGGACAACUCCACCCAAGCCCCAGAGCUCCAUCCGGGAGCGAUUUCAGCCCCCCAGGAGAAUCAAUGCUCCCUGAGUGUGAAGCUAAACAGAGAUCCCGGCCUGUGAACUACAGACACGCCAUUGCCACAGUGGUCAUCACUGGAGUGGUUUGUGGAAUUGUGUUUUUGAUGAUGUUGGCAGCAGCUGUCUACGGAUGUGCAUAUGCAGCAAUUAAUGCCAAGUAUCAAAGGGAGCUGAAGAAGAAAGCGAAAGAGGCAGGUUCAGGAGAAGAGCGCAAAAACAUUGAAAGAGAGGAGGACAAAGAACCUCUGGAGUGAUCAACAUCACAUGAUGCGCAUGAAGCACAAAUACAUAUCAGGGAUACACUUCAAAUGAUCCACGUACUGUUGUGUAUCUACAAAGUUACUUUCAAGGCAAGUCAGUGUACUUGGCAGCCAUAUUGGCAUUGCCCUUAGGGCAGCUAUUUUCUAAUUAUGCAGAUACUUUAAAAACUAUUAGAAUACUACUAUAUAAUUGUUAUUAUUAUAGCUUAAAUUAGGCUAGGAAAAAAAUGCAUUGUUCAGGCUGGUCAAACAAAUGUACAUGCAUGGUCUAGAUGAGCCAACAAUUUUGGUGAAGGCCAGUCAAAACUAACAGCCAGUAGUUUUUCAAUCAGUUUUGUAUUAGUAGUGUUUGUAAAUUAGCGAUGUGACUCUUUCUUCAUGUUACUUGCACCUAGUGCAUUAUGGGUGCCGAAGUAUCCGUAACUUUUUGCUGAAAGGGAACGCCAUAACCCUUUUUCUCUGUUUUUUCUAGUCAUAUAGCAAAUAAACAGAAAACAACGCCUUC